UACGUGUUCUUCUCUCUCUCUUUUCGUGAAUAUAUAAGGAGAGAAGAGGAAGUGAGCGUAUAAGGCUCCCCAGUCUCGAUACUCAAAAUUUUCUGAGAAAUCAAAGAGAGUACCGCCUUCCCUUCUUACUUGUUUCAGAUGCAGAGAUGAAUCCUAUAUGAAUUUCUCUGUCUCCCUCUCUCUUCUGCCCACAAUGGGGAACCGUUCCUUCCUCUCCCUCACGUCUCUCCCUUACCGUUCCUUCUCUCUUUUUAACUUCUUCUUCUUCUUCUGAUGAGACAUCAUUCUGAAACUUAGCUAACGUAUCUCCCUUUGACCUUUCCUUCACUUGAACUUCAUCGUCUUCUGCAGAGACAUCAUUCUGAAACGUAGCUCCCUUCUCUCCCUUUGGCUUUCCUUCUCUAUUUAACUUCUUCUCUGCGACAUCAUUCAGAAACUCACCUCUCUCUCUCUCUCUUUCUCUUCUCUCUCUGUUUGUGGGGAGAGGGAAUUAAGUAUGGCGACGGUGGGCAGCCUGUCGAUGCCGUUGUUCAGGCCAGACUUCGGCUACUCCGACCAGUACCCAUCCUACUCCUCCUACUCCUACUACUCCUGCCCCUACUUCGAGAAGCGGCAAGCCUUCCUCCGAAGCUACCGCUUCUGCCGCAAGCGGGGGACCGUCGAGAGGGUCAAGCUCUCCUUCGCCCGCGCCAAGAAGGUCGUCUGGUCCAAGCUCCGCAGCGCUCGGCGGAUCCGCCGCGUCCUUUGGCUCAGGCUCCGGCUCGCCCUCUCCUGCCGCCGGAGGUUCCACCGCCUUCCCCGGCGCUCCUACUACUACCCCUUGUUCUCCUACUGGACAUGACGUCGAAAAUGGUGCCAUUGGCUGGCUGUCCUACUGUAAUAGCUUUGACCGCCGCCGGAGAUUUUUUUCCGGCGUUCCUAAUAUUUGUUUGACGUAGACGACAAAUGGGUCGAUGGUGCUCGUCGCUUCCGUUCUGCUGAUCGCCGCGAUUGGUAUGUCCCCAGAUUUCACCUGAACAAGUGCCCAUCGACUCGACUUUGGUGGCGUCGCCUCCUAUAUUUUGGGCCUCUCUUUCUUGGGAAAAUGUUUUCCUAGGAAAAUAUUGUGCAAAUGGCCUUUUUGUCUGCCCUUUUUUUUUUGUUUCCUUCUCUGGUGUUUGUUUUGUUGUAGUCCUGCCGCCGGAAACGUCGUCUCCGGCGUGGGGUGAUGUAUAAAGUUAGUGACAAGAGAAUGAAGAAUAUGAUUGCAGUAA